AUGGUUCUUAUUCUGAAUCACAAAUAUUUUGUGGGCGGCGGCGCGCAAGACUGCAUGAAAAAGCAGCCUUCCCUGCCACUCUCUGAAGAUGCACACCCCUCCAUCGCCAAGAUCAACUCAGUGAUGUGUGAAGUAAACAAGACCAGAGGUGUCGUGGUGGCGCUGCUGAUGGGCGUGGACAGCAGGGAGACUUGCAGGCAUCUGUCCUGCGUGCUCUCAGGGCUGCUUGCUGACCUCGAUGCUCUAGAUGUGUGUGGCCACACAGAGAUCAGAAACUACCGGAGGGAGGUGGUAGAAGACAUCAACAAGUUACUGAAGUAUUUGGAUUUAGAAGAGGAAGCCGAUACAACUCACGCAUUUGACCUGAGGCAGAACCAUUCCAUUUUGAAAAUAGAAAAGGUCCUCAAGAGGAUGAGAGAAAUAAAAAAGGAAUUUCUCCAAGCCCAAAACCCUCCCGAAUUGUAUCUGAGCUCCAAGACAGAGCUGCAGGCUUUGAUCGGCCAGCUGGAUGAGGUGAGCCUGGAAAGAAACCCCUGCAUACAGGAGGCCAGGAGAAGGGCUGUCAUUGAGGUGCAGACCCUGAUCACACACGUGGACCUGAGGGAGGCCCUGGAGAAGAGGAAGCAGCCUAAAUGUGAUUUAUAUGUGCAUAUUCCAAUCUCAGUAUUGAUGACCUGUGAGGAGCACCCGUCCCAUAAGGCGGUCUGGGAGGUUCUGGGAAACCUAUCGGAGAUCCAGGGAGAAGUCCUCUCCUUCGACGGCAAUCGGACUGACAAGAACUACAUCCGGCUGGAGGAGCUGCUGACCAAGCAGCUGCUGGCCCUGGACACCGUAGACCCGCAGGGCGAGGAGAGGUGUAAGGCUGCCCGGAAACAGGCCGUGAAGCUGGCCCAGAACAUCCUCAGCUAUCUCGACCUGAAAUCUGACGAGUGGGAGUACUGAAGGGCCGGCGGGCUGGCGGCCUUCUCAGUCAUUCUGCACUUGGUUAUCCUGCGCAUCGUGCAGCGCUCUCAGCUCAUGGAGCCUAAAUGUAAUUUAUAUGUGCAUAUUCCAAUCUCA